AUGGCGCCGCCUAGCGGGCGGGCGGAGAGGAAAAGAGGCGGUGCCCCGCAGGGGGAGCCCAAGUUUCAGUGCAAAGGUCAUUUCCACAAAGAGGCCUUCUGUAUCCCAUUAAGUAAUCUCUUACGCCUUCAGUCCGUCCUCCUGCGGACUGUGACACCCAGCACGGAGCCGCAGGGGUGGCAGUCCGGAGUCGGAGUCGUGGUGACCAGCUGCAAGUAUUCACGUUGCGUCCUCCUGGGGAAGAGGAAAGGGUCUUUCGGAGCUGGCAGUUUCCAGCUCCCUGGGGGUCAUUUGGAGUUUGGCGAGAGCUGGGAAGAAUGUGCUCGAAGGGAAACGUGGGAAGAAGCUCUUCACCUGAUACAUGUUCGCUUUGCCUCAGUUGUAACUUCUCUCAUUGGGAAGGAAAAUUACCAUUAUGUUACUAUAUUAAUGAAAGGAGAAGUAGACGUGACUCAUGAUUCAGAAUCAGAGAGUGUAGAGCCUGAAAAAAAUGAAAGUUGGGAGGGGGUUCCCUGGGAAGAAUUUCCUCCACUAGACCAGCUUUUCUGGGCCCUGUGUUCUUUGAAAGAACAAGGCUAUGAUCCAUUUAAAGAAGAUCUGAACCAUCUGGUAGGAUGCAAAGGAAAGCAUCUCAAGGGGGCUGAGAAGAUUUCUUGAUUUUCUUUAAAAGACAAAAAUAAGGUCGGUUUAGAGAAUGAAAAAUAUCUGCAUUUCGGAACAACUCCAUUUUAUCUAUAAAAGUUCUUGUGAUCACCAGUUUAUUUCCAGUCUCUUGAUGUGCCCACCACCGCUUCAGCCAGUACUUGAGAACAUUUUUUUGAAAUAUGUAAUUGAAUUGUAUUUCAGACACAGAAUAUAUGAUAAAUAAUAUGUUAUUUAUGGGUAAUCUGCUUUCCAUGUUUAUCUAUGACAUUUACUGUGCAGUUUGUCAUUACUAGCUUGCAUGGAAUAGGAUGCUGUCGAAUUUGCCUUAGUGUUCUGUUCAAAUAGAAAUCCAAAUUCAAAUAUUGUAGUUUAGAUUCAAACACAGUCUGCCUGUUGCAAAAUUUACCAAGUUUGUUGAUGUACCUCUUUUAUUUAAAAAAAUUGGGUGGGGGGUAAUAUAUUAUGACAGUCUUUGCAACUUACAGGGAAUAGGACAGGCCAUUGGGGUGUAUUUCCCAAGUCUCCAAUUGAGAACCUAAACCAAGAGAAGUGACAUAAAC